AUGGCCCGUCAAUCUCAUCCGCCGGCUGCCCUCCUUACGCUUCUCCGGGGUUUUGCUUUUCCCAUUCGCUGUUUACACCCCUGGCAGCGAGAGUCCGGAGACAUGGGGCUUAGAAGGCACUCGUCUCCUCCAGGAUUAAAGGAAGCCUAUGUCCUAGAUAGCAUUGGGUUUCCAACUGAAUCUACGUCCGGUAUUCAAACUCGCAUCAUCGCCUCUCCAAACGAAACGGACGGAAUAUUUCUCCUAUCACAUACGAGAUAUGCUACCCUAACAUCUGCUGGCGUUCUCAGUGAGAUCAACACCUACCCUACAGCCGUCUUUAUACGGAAAGGGGCCAUCAAGCUUCACAACGCGGGUAGUUGUGAAAUAAUUACCGAGGGAGAUUUUAUUUUUGUUCCAGCACGGAGGAGACUCGGUUACGCAGCAGAGGAACCAGGAACAGAACUCUUGCUGUUCUCAACUCGCCGGGAAGAUAUCAACUCUAACCUCAUUCCAAAAGAGGCUACGAUUCAAGCUGAAGACACCCUAGCGGCGGAUGUCGUAGAGCCAUACCUACUCAACCAAAACGUCGGACUAUGCUCAGUUUUCGGUGGUUUUCUAACUCGACCUCUACUAAGGCAACCCAACGGCCUAGACCAGAUUUCGAUCUCGAUAAUGGAAUCAACGACAAGGUAUCCAGAGCGGCCUUUUGUUGACCGAUGGGUUUGCUUUACGAAUGUGUAUCACUGUUUCUACGUGUUGGAAGGGCAAUUCAAGUUCAAGAUCAAAGGGGAUUCCGAAUGGACCUACGCCGACGCAGGCGAUUCAUUUUUCGUCCCAUCUAGGACUUUUUUCAUAGGCGACGUGGCUAGUGAAAUCGCUCGAUUGAUUCUCUUCGCGAAUGGAGAGGGAGUUGACGAGAUGGUUGUCAAAGCUGGGUAUUCACACGAAGGGCCCUUGCCGGAGACCAUUGGGAAAUGGGACGGCUGGGACGAGGCGAGGGUGAAGUCUGCGUGUGCACAACUUGGGGCUCAGAUUGAAUGA